AAUACAAGCUACAAGUUACAAGUUACUCUUCGUAAAACUCCUAUAUAUACCAUAGAGGGUUUGACGAUUUAGGGUUGUGUAGAUAGGCUUUGGUGAUUUGGGCAGGGUUGGUGUGGCCUGUAGUUGGGCUCGAGCCUAAGUUAUUGCGGGAGAUGGGAUGGGUUGAAGUUGGGCUAUCCGAUUUUCUCGGUUUUAACCGAAUCAGAUCGGGAUGUGAACAUUGCAACCGCAAACUGGAUUGGGGUAAAUUGCAAUUCGAGUUCCAAUUACAACCGGGACAAUUUAAAUUUCCUUUAUUUUCAAUAUUUAUUAUCAAAUAAUAUGAACAAUAUUUAAUUAUUCCUUUACUACUAACAAAAAUUCUAUUAUUUUCAACUAGAAUAUUCAACCAGUCUAAUCAUACUUUACUUUCUAAAUUUUGAUUUUAUCAUUAGACCACACAUUAUAUAAAAAUGUUCUAUAAUAGUUCUUUCGUCCUACAUCCAAUUUUACUAUAAGUUCUAGAUUGGUAGCUUUGAUAUAACAGUUUAGUCAUAUAUUACUUUCGUGUUACUUUCUAAAAUUUUAUUUUAUUAUUAGACAACAUAUUAUAAAAUAGUUUAUGUAACACAAUUUUAUAACAAUUACAAAAAUUAUAAAUUCAUUAAUAUUACUUACUAUCUAUAAUUUGAGUUUAUUUUUAGCCCACAAUUUAUAAUAAAAAAUUAUAUCAUAACUAUCUAUAAUUAUUAAAACUAAAUUAUUAGUUUUUUACCGACCCUGCAUAGCCAAAAAGAGCUAGUUUUUGUGUAUAAUUAAAGAUCAUGCAUCCUACUAGACGGCCGACACCUCUACACCCUAUAUUAGAGGUGGCAAUUAGGAUCCAAAUCCAUGAAUUCAAUCCAAUCCAUCCACCAAAUUAUCCACAUAAUCCAAUCCAUUUGAUCCAAAUCCAAUUGGAUUGGUGAACUCAUGGAUCAAUCCAUGGAUCCAAAUGACAAAUUACGAUUUGGUACCUAUAUUUUUAUAUUUUACAUUUUGGUACCUAAAAUUUAUAUUUUUAUACAAAAAAUUACAUUGGAAAAUUACAUUUUGGUACCUAAAAUUUUUCAUCAUGACAUUUUAGUACCUAAACUUUUCAAAAAUUACAUUUUGGUCCAAGCCUUGGAUGUCAUUUGGAUUCAUGGAUCAAUCCACCAAUCCAUUUGAUCCAAUCCAUGAAUCCAUCAAUCCAUUGGAUCCAAUCCAUUUGAUCCAAUCCUUAAAUCCACCAAUCCAUUGAAUUCGAUCCAAUUGCCACCUCUACCCUAUAUACAUUUACAGAAAUAAAUUAUAAGGGUAAGAGCAUUCCGUAUAUUUCACUUCGGCCGAUUGCUUGCGAACCGCAACAAGAUAUAUGGCCGAAUGUGGAACAAUAACUUAGACAAAUAUGUUUUUGUUCAAGACGACUCUAAGUAGUCAUUUGGCUUUUAUGUUUUCGUUCUAUCAAAAUCAAACUACUUACCAUUCGGCAACGCCAUUUCCCAGGGAAAAAACUGGACGGAGAACCUAAUAAUCACAUAUAUAAAACGGCAGAGACGCCUUAACAUAAAAAGAAAAAAAAAAAGAACACUUCAUUAUCAGUAAUAUUAUGGACUGCUCGUCGUCAUCAUCAUCAUGGAGCAAUCUCCCUGCUACUUAUUCACGGCGGCGAGCUGUCACGGCCGUGCUGGUAGCCGCUAGUUAUCUAACGAUGAUCAGCCGGAACGUCGCCGUCGCGAAGCCGCCUGCCCUCCACUAUUGCUCCAGUAGUCAUGCGGCGGAAGAUCCGGCGAAGUACUAUUCCAACGCAGAGAAGGUGAUGAGCAAUUUGGUGAAGAGAGCGCCUUAUUCGUGGACACACAUGUUCAAGGCCUGGUUGAGAAUAAUUGAGAGACGAGAGGUUUUUGUGGAAUGAUUUCUCAUUACCUUUUGGCAGCAAAGCUGCAGUAUAUGUACAGAGUAAAACGAGCUACAAGACAAACUACCAAUAACCGUCUCAUCCAUCUAAAAUUGGACAAGUGGCUAUCUCGUACUAGCUACAGCUAAUAACAACGAAACACUAAAGCUGUACUACGUAU